GUGAAGGAUCAGGAGGAGGUGGUCGUGGAGGGGCCUUCGUGCCGGGUGAUGGGCAGUGCCCAGCUGCUCCUCUCGACCCCCGUGCGUUUCCAGGGCAACGCGGUCUUCGCAGGCCAGCUGAGCGUAAAGGCCGUCGGCGACGGCAAGAUGCAGAGCUCGUGCAUCACCGUCAACGGCAACUUUACAUUACAGCCCGAAGCACACCUCAGCCUUCACGGCUGCAAGAAUCAAGCUGAAGGCAAGUCCAUGGACGGAGGCUGCCUCCACGUGGGCGGCGAUGCCGAACUUCGGGGCGGCCACUUGCAGCUGAAUGGAUGCACAGCAAGCAAGGGGGAGGGAGGCGGUAUCGUUGUCGGAGGUGCGCUGCAAAGUCGGACAGCGACUAUCGAUGCAGAAGGAUGUCAUGCACGGUAUGGAG